CUUGUUAUAUGACCUGAAAGAUUCACGCAUUUAUGAAGAAACCCUGAAGAUGUCAAAAGUCUGCUUGCAUUUAUCAAGGUUUUCUUUGGGUCACGAUGUUUUUCCCAGCAGAACACAUGCGAAUUUAAGGAUGCUGUGCUUAACGUCAAAGCUUAGUGCAAAGUCCAGAGAACCUCCAGAUGAUAAUGAAGCAUCCAAGCCCAUCCAGUUCUCAACCAGCAGAGCCAGUCACCGGACCUGGAGAGUGGACCGUUCGAUGGGCAGCACGUACCAGCGGCCCUGGUGGAGGGUUCUGCCCAUCAGCCUUGUCGGAGUCGGCUUCAUCGUCUGGUGCUUUUUCAGGAGAGAGACCAAGGUCGACGAGUCUCUGGAGAAAAACCUCUAUGAACAUUUACCAGGACUGCUUUCCGAUGAAGAACAGGAGGGAGUCGGUGUCAAAAACAAACCCUCGUAGUGGCUUAAAAUGGACAUUUUUGAUGUGUAAUGUUUAUUGUUCAAUGUUUUUUCAAA